AUGGAUGCUUAUCAUGAACGACUGAGAUUAAUUGAGGAUUGUAUUAAAUCAUUUACAAACGAUGUCGAACAGGAUAUAUUUAUCCCACAAAUGAACGUUCAUCAGACAUCCAUAGAAUUCAUUCCACAAAGAAUGAUUCAAUUAUUUGAACAAUAUAUCAAAAAUGAUCAGCAUGCUCAAGUUGAUGUUGCCCAACGAAAAAUCAUUCAAUUACAACAUGAUAUAGAUGACACAAAAGUUUUUAUUGAUCAAGCAAAGCGAGAAUCUGCACAAAGAUUUAAUACUUACGUAUUACAAUCAUCAGAAAUCCGACGUGCACAUAAAAAAAUACAACAUCAAGUUGCUAAAAUACAAGAUUCACUUGAUGAAAAAGUAUUAGCCGAGGAAUUACGUCUUCGCGACUUAAAACGUAGAAAAGCUAGAAUGAAUGAGCAAUGCGCUAUUAUAAAGAAUUGUGCAAACGAUAUAAGACAAAAUUUGAAUUCGUUAAAAUCUUUUAUCGAUCAAAAUUCUUUUGAAAAUCAAAGACAAAUAAACGAUUUCAAACAUAAUCUUGAACUUAAAAUACAGAGCAAGCUAUUUAUUGCUAAAAACAAAGCGCAAAAUGAUGCAGAACAAAAAAUUCGAAAACUUCAAGCAGAAGAGAUAGCAGCACGUAAUGAAACAAAGAAGAUAGAAGAUUUUCUUAGAGGUUUACUUAUAACAUUUGGAGAAAAUCCAACUUCUUCGCCUCUAAAUUUAAAUGUACCAUUCGAUGCUUAUUUAUCGGAUAUUAUUGAGAAAUCAAUUGAUAAGAGAGUAUCAGAAGUUACAAAAAUUAAUGAAAAUAGAAGAUUAGUCGCUCAAAAAUAUAAACAAUUAUAUGAUGAUGCAAUUUUCAAGAAAGAAGCAGAAGUUAAUACUCGCCUUCAAGAGGCUAAAGCAAGAGAGAAUGCAUUGAUUGAGAAAAUCAAAGAAGCAACUGCAAGGUUCUCUGCUGCUUCACAAAUUAAUACUACUACAUUUUCAUUUGGUGAUACAACUAUUGAUAGCUCAAUUAAUACUCUCUCCUCUAUCUAUUCUCCAAAAAAGUGA